AUUUUACUUUUUUGGACGACAUUGCGGGUUCCCGUAUGUUGGAUGCGCGUUCAUGUGACGCCCAUCAGGUCGUCUGAACCUGUGAAGACCUUCAGGGAAAUAUUGCUUCUGUAAUAUCCACCUAUAGACAUCUAAACUGCGCAUCACCUCGAAGAUGUGGAAGUCAGUGGUGGGCCACAAUGUGAGUGUGAAGGUGGCUGCAGAGGGGGACGACUGGGAGACAGACCCUGACUUUGAGAAUGAUGUAUCCGAGCAGGAGCAGAGGUGGGGGGCCAAAACCAUCGAGGGCUCUGGGCGCAAAGAACACAUCAGUGUUGCUGAGCUCAGAAGCAAGGUCGCUGAGGAGCACGAGCAGGUGAAGCAGAAGGAUCAGACUCCCAAAGCAUCAUACGGAUAUGGAGGGAAGUUUGGGGUGGAGAAGGACCGGAUGGACUCGGCGGCUGUGGGCCACGACUACGUGGCACAAGUGGAACAGCACUCCUCCCAGAAAGACAUGGCGAAGGGAUUCGGUGGAAAAUUCGGUGUUCAGAAAGACCGCGUUGAUAAGUCUGCCAUGGGCUUCGAAUACAAGGGAGAAGUGCAGCAACACACCUCUCAAAAAGAUUACUCGAAGGGGUUUGGAGGAAAGUACGGAGUGGAGAAGGAAAGGGUGGACAAGGCGGCUUUGGGUUACGACUACAAAGGCGAGACGGAGAAGCAUCAGUCCCAGAAAGACUACGCCAAGGGCUUUGGAGGGAAGUACGGCGUCGAGAAGGAGAAGGUGGACAAAGCCGCCAUGGGCUACGACUAUAAAGGAGAAACUGAGAAGCACCAGUCACAGAAAGAUUACGCAAAAGGAUUCGGUGGGAAGUACGGCGUCGAGAAGGAGAAGGUGGACAAAGCAGCUCUGGGAUAUGACUAUAAAGGCGAGACGGAUAAACAUCAGUCACAAAAAGAUUACUCCACAGGUUUCGGUGGUCGUUAUGGAGUACAGACCGAUCGAAUGGAUAAGAGCGCAGCAGGCUUCUCAGAAAUGGGCUCAACACCAUCUGCUUAUGAAAAGACACAACCAUUAGAGGCCUCGAGUGCAGGCGCCGGGAAACUGAAGGCUCGCUUCGAGAGCCUGGCCAAGGCUUCAGAUGAAGAAAACAGGAAGAAAGUAGAAGAAGAGAAAGCAAGAAGACAAGCCCGAGAGAGCAGAGAGCGAGAGGAAGCCACACGCAGACAGCAGGAGCAAGAUAGUAGAAAACAGGAAGUCCAUCCUCCGCCUGCUCAGGAGGAACCAGAGUACGACAUGCCGCCUGCAGAAACCUACCAGAGCAUGCAAAAGAUAGAAGAAACGCCUGAGCAAGAACCUGAGGGGGAAGAAUUAAACGAGGAGCUUCCAGACCUGCCUCCACGCUCAGAGGAUCUCCUCGAACCGCCGAACCCUCCUCUACCGCCGCGGCCCGCAGACGUGGAGGAAGAGGAGGGUGACGGAGAGUACGCCGAACUUGGUGAACCACCUCUUCCUGAUCCGACAGAAGCGCGUGGAGUCUACAAGGAGGUGUCGUCUGGCCAGAAGGCAGUUGCAAUUUAUGACUAUGAAGGAGAGGCGGAUGACGAGAUUUCCUUCAAUCCAGAUGAUGUCAUCACCAACGUAGAGAUGAUUGACGAGGGCUGGUGGAAGGGCCAGUGUCAUGGACGCACUGGUCUGUUCCCAUCUGCUUACGUCCAGCUCAUGUAACGACUUUGCACACGCUUCCCUUUAAAAUCCCAGGUUUAUUCAGCUCUCCAACUACUGUAGCUUUUCUAUUUAUACAACAAAUCAUUUUUUUUUUCUAUUAAUGCAAAACUUUAGGUGUUUUUUAUUGAGGAUCUGAAGGAAAAACUUGAAAUAAUUAAAGACAAUAAAGCAUUUUUUAAAAUGUA